AUGUCGUUUCUAAAUCAAAAAGAAAAUGAUCAUGAAGAGACAAUAGAAUUGAAUAAAUUGCGAGAACUUUGUGAUAAAGUACAAAAGGGAUUAAUAUCGAUCGAAGAAGAUUGCAAUAAAUUUUGGGUAGAAAUGAAAUUAGAUUUGUUAUUAGAAAAUAAAAAUCGAUCUGAGGCUUUGUUAGAUAAACUCCCGAUAAAAGUAAAAACGGCUUACGAAGCGUGCAAAAGUGCUUUAUUGAAAAACGAUGAAUAUAUUUUGUCAUUGGUACGUUGUCAUUGCAAAUGGAAAAAUGUAUCUAAAUCGAUUAUGAAUGAUGAAAAGAUUAGGCCGGAAAAAUUAGAUCUUUUACCCACGAAAUUCGACGAAACUGAUUUGAAAUUUAAGCAGGAUUUAAUGGACUUACGAACCAAAAUGUUUUCUUUAGUCGACGACGAAAUGGACACGAUUUGUCAGAGAACAGAAGUAGAAAAUGGAGUUUUAUCCACGAAUAAAAAUUACUAUCAAAUCAUGAAAAAAUACAAACGUUCCACAUCCAUGAAUAAAAUAGAUUUAUCACAUAUUCAUGCUUUAAAAUAUAUCGACGGAGAAUUAACAAAAAAUGAAGGAUGGUCUAAGGUUCUCGAUGUUAAUGGCAAACAACUUAGAUCGAAAUGGUAUUUGGUUGUAUCCCCACAAAUAGAAAAAAUAUUGAAAAAACGACGGAUAUAUUCGUUUCGUUUGGAUCCAUUAAAGGUCUUUAAUUUUUUACUAUCUAUACCCGAAAGUGGAAUACAUUUUAAAUUGUCGAAGGAAGAUCUACUUCUUUUAUUGCAAGAUAUUUCUGAGGAAGGGCCUUGGAUAACGAGUUGGAAGCCUCAAUUAAAAACUUUGGAUAGAAAGGAAAUUGCCGUCAUUUUGAUACAGUCCUGUUGGCGUGGUUAUUGGCUUCGUAAACAAAUAAACGAAUCUUAUCGUCGUUAUAUAGCAGCUAGCGUAUUGUGGUACAAAUGGUUAUUCUUAAAAUCCAAACGAGAGAUAUAUACUAAUCAUUUGAAAAAAAUGCUCUUGUCGUUGAACAUAAGUCGAGUAUUUAAUGAAAAAUUGAGCAAAGAAUUCUAUGACUUGAUUAAAUAUCCACACGUGAUCAUUCAUCUUCCAUCGCUUGGUUAUUCCAUUAACAUUCGUCAAACGUUCAUUCCAAAAAUGCUUGGUAUUUAUCAACACUCGAUGAUUUUCAGACUUUCAUUUUUACGCAAUCAAAUGUCUGAGAUUGUUUAUAUUUUGCCUGUCGAAGCUACGCAAGAUUUAUUAUCUAUGUACGUUGAUAUUAUCGAUUCUAUCGUUUCACAAGAACGUACAGCCAAUCGUGUAACGUUUCUUACUCUUUCACAAGCUAAGACUCUCGAAUGUACACACAUGAAUGUAUCUAGGAUUUUACAUUGCUCAGAGAAAACUUUGACGGUUAUUAGAAAAAAGAUCAAUGGAAAACCAGGAUAUAUUUUACCUUGGAUCGUUGAUGAAUGUGACGUUAGAGUAUCGGAUUAUCUUUCUAUACCUUUGUUAGGGCCAGAUAUGAUCCUACAGCAAGAAUUAUUAAAUCUAUCGAAGAUUAGUGAAAUAAUUGAAAAUCUUGAUUUACCACAGCCAGCUCAUUCCAAAGAUAUACGAGAGUAUUCGAAGCUAUGCGCCAAUCUAGCUAAAUUAAUCAUAUUAAAUACCGAAAUUUGUUUAUGGUUAAUUAGAUUGAAUUUCGGGGUACAGACCAAACACUAUGGCGUAUUUUUGAUCAAUCACAUUAGUAUACCAUUCAUGCCUACGAUCAGAAAAAUAAGAAAACAGUAUGGCGACGAAUGGAUAAAUAAUUCCGAUGUACGAGAGGAAUAUUUAAAUGCUUUGUUAAUUCAUUUACCAAAAAUUGUCUCCAUUGUAACGAGUUUUAACAAAGUCCAGUAUAAUUCAUGGAAAGAUUUUUAUAAUCACGUACAAAAGUUUGGAUGUUUGUUGCAAGCUGUACCUAAUGAAAAAAAUUCAAGUACCAUAUCCGUAUCACUUUUUAUUCCAAAUAAGAUCACUAGAAAACCUUUCAAAUGGAUCGGUACUUCGAAUAAAUUACAAUUAGACGUUAACUUUUCAAUGUUUGCUUAUAUGAUACCACAGACUUCAGUGAAUAUAGAGAUCUUAAAUCCAAGCAUAAAUAAACUUGCUUAUGCUCUCCAACAGCUCGGCUAUUUUGGAUAUUUAACUAUAGAUUGUUAUUGUUAUUUCGAUAAUAACAAAGAAAAAAUGGUUGUAUUAUUACUCGAUAUUUAUCCUUAUUAUUCUCAUUUACAAAUGUACGUUGAUUGGAUGAAAUUUGUUAUCGAUGGCUCUUACAAUUCUGAAACAAAUACUUUCAAUGGUAAUGUCAUUGUACGAGAGCAUUCUGGAAAAAAAGUAAUUACUUCGUCGAUAUAUGCUAAGGAAUGGGACGAAACUACUGAGAGAACUGCAAUAGUAAUUUGUGAAUUAUAUCAUGUCAAUUUGCCUGCUUAUUCAUGGUCCAAAUUGAAGAUUCUUAUGGAAGAUGUUGGAAUCAUUUACGAAGCUAGAAAGAAAGAAGGUUCUCAUUUUAUUUUACACGAUAGCGAGAUAAAGAAUACUGGGACCAUGGUGAUUGUUACUCCCAACAUGAAAAUGACAUUAUCAAAGACACAUAAUAUUUUGAGAAGUUUAUGUCACGCUUUGUCAACUAAAAAAAAAUCAGAAUCGAAUAUGUUGAGUGUAGCUAAUUUUUUUGAAAAAUUCUCUUUAAAUUAUUACGAUCAAUCUUAUGAUCCAUGUUAA